GUUUGGCAGUCGAGGAAUGUGUAACGGGUGAUGUUUGCAUGGGGACUACAUUGUCCGGCUACUGUGCUAUUCAGGGCAAAUGCAGAUGUCGGGGAGGACUAUCAGCAAAUUCUGAUGGAAACACUUGUGAACGUAAGUUUAAAAAAUACGUGUAUAAUUUUAAAGCAUAUUUUUCUUGUAGAAAUCUUUUUUUCGUAGAAUUGAUGUAAAUUUUAUGGAACUGAGUUAGCUAAGUUUAAUUUUGCAUGAAACCGUUUUGUAAUUUUCCUCGAAAACGCUCUUAAAAUUUUCAAAUUUUUAAAAAUGUUUUAGGUUUCACACAGAUAUCUUUGAAAUAAAAUUUUAAUUAUGUUGGAUGGCUAAACAUUGAAAAAGGCUUGUAAAAAUUUAAGAAGCCCUUUAUACACGUUUAAACAUGCACCCUUUCUGCCUGACAACUUCCUUUCACUCAGACCUUACUAAUUUCUUUUCCAUGCAUGGAUUCCCAGCUGCUCUAUAUUUUGUUUCCAUAUCAUCAAUCCAUGUAAGCCUAGGUCAGCCUUUGGGACGUUUGUCUUUAGGGUUUGGUGGUGCUCUCCUAUUCAUGGGAGUAAAUUGAAUAUCGAAUAUUUUUGAUGUGGUCUCAAAAUUUGAUGGUACCACAAACGCAAGUGGAAUACGAAUCUAUAUGUUAAAAAAUGAAUUACUAUUCAAAUAUUUACAUAAUAUAUUCCGAAACAAUUGUAAAAAUUAUUAUCAGAAUAUUAAUUCUAAUGAAACAUUAAAGAUGUUGCUUAUCUUAACAUGAGAUUCCACCUUUCAAACUAGAAAGAAAAAUGAUUAUGUAUCACUCCAUUUGUGAAAAUGCAUUUCAGGGGCAAUACAAAUAUUACCAGGUAACAUUGUGUAAUAUCUUUCAGCUGCAAGGUAAGUAAGGUUCAGUCGUAAUGACUUUAAUUUAAAUAAAAUAAUGUAAUCCACUUUUUCUUUUAGUAAAAGCCCCAACCAUAACGGGGGUAACAGACAACCAAGAAUUGGUCAAGCAACAAAGUUACAUCCUAGUGUGCAAGCCAUUUUUCGAAGGUCCUAGUUAUACAUUCAAAUGGUUCAAGUAGGUUGUUUUGUUAAAAAUGUAUAUGGAAUAGUUUUUAAUAAAAUAGCUAGUUUAAUUUAGAAGGCUUCGAAUCAAAUUAUAGAGGAUAUUAAAGAAUGAGACAGACUUGGAAUUAUUUUGCAUGCACUUUUUAAACUUCGUUUGUUUUCAUUGUUGUCUCUUAAAAUUGUUAUGAUAAAUCCCAUUCUUUUAAAAUAAAACAUCCGAUUACUAAGAUAAGCCAAAUAUGUCACUAUUAUAUGAUUACAAAAUCAUAUAUAAAUAUACCUACGAAACAAAGAGACAAAGUAGCAAGAAAUUGAAUACAGGCGAAUUAAUAUAUUGCAAUGGUAUUUAUUUUCAAUUUAAGUUACAUUCUAACAAUAUAAUUACAUUGAAACAUUUAUUUGACCAAUACUAGAUAUGGAAAAAAAUAUUGCUAACAAUGCUUAAUUGAUCAAUAUAUGAUUAUUUUAACAUUCGGGACUUAUAAGGUAAAUGUUAUUCCAAAAAGUAUAUUCCAUUUGAAUUUUAUAGACUACUAGACAAUAUACCCGUCGUUGUCCGGGAUUGCAUUCGUUUCUCGAUGGGUUCUCAUUUUCUGACGGUAUCCCGGUAUAAGGAGAGAUCCCGACACUGUUUAGGUCGCGAUCACGGUUUGAUUCCCGAAACCAGUGGGUUACCAGUAGCAGAAGGUUCUCGAUCCUGGUUUGGGUUAGGGAGAAGAGGUGGGAUCCCGAAAUCGUUUUGAUCCCGGUCCCUGUGAGAUCCUGAUCCCUGCGGGAUCCCGAUCCCUGUGCCAUCCUGAUAAGUGUUGUGACGCGCUGUACGUUGUCUAGAUGUUAGUCUCCUGCGUAAAAGCCACAGAACAAAUUGUAAAGCCAUAGAACCCCUUUCUUUCAAAACCCUACAGAGCUGAUGUGCUGUCUGUUCCAAGUAUAAAAACAAACGAUGCAUAAAUUCAGGUGUCUUAUUAUUUCUUGGUUCCAUAUUCAGGUCAGUGAAACAUGCAUCAGAAAUCAUCUCUGGUGUUCAGAAUCAAAAACGUGUCCAGAAAUGGAGCACAUACUAUACAAAAUAUAGUUACACAACUCCCAGCGAAAAUGUACUCAUUCCUCUUCCAGCUAUAGACACAUGUCACUCUCUCUACCAAACUAAAAUCACUCAUGAUAUCUAAAGUAUUUCUCUAGCGUAGAAAUCAGCCAUCAUUGAAAGCCUUUAAUGGAAUUCAUGAUUAAAUUAAUGAUCAUUUAUUGGGUAAUUGAAGGUCAUGUUUAGAUGAGACAACUGAGGGGCGCGAAAUGGGUGUGUUAGGGGUAUAAUAUAUUGCAGAAAAGUACCUCUUAAAACGUUUAAUUAUUUUAGAAACGUAAAUCUCAUUACAUAGAUAGUCCUUUUUAAAUGAUGGAAUGGCGAAGCGUUCUCGCAAAAGCAGGUGGAAAUUACGCAAAGACCCUGUCAUUAUUAUCUUGAUAAAAUCGUGUCAUAUUUUCUAAUAUAUGCGAAUAUGAUUAAAUUAUGUUUCCAUGUCAUUUAUUUAAUAGUUAAAGUAAAAAAUGUAUAUUUUUUAAAAAUGUAUACCUUAAAAUUUCAGAGACUCUGAUACCACACCCAUUGCUACUAGCACUACUUAUUCAAUAACUAGUGCCAAGGAGACAGAUGGUGGAACCUACAAAUGCUCGGUUACACUUACCGCACUUGGAAAUGACUCUCCAGUCGGCAGUAAUGAAAUUCAUGUCAAGGUUCCAGGCAAGUAGAUCAAAUUAAAAGAACCUAUGUAUUUUUAAAACUUAGAUAUAUAUAUGUUUUUCAACUAUAAUUUCGUUACAAUAUUAUUUAAAUCUAAGCAUGCCUAAUGUAUAAACAUGCUGUUGCAUUUUCAUGUCCCAUUCCUGCUUUUGACAAAUUAGCAAUUCCGUUAUAUCCUUUAGAUAUUAUUUUACUAGCAUCAUUUCCAUGGAAAAAAUGAUGUGUUUUAGUUUGAGUAACUUCAUCUUAAAAUUUAAAUAAUUGCGUCAUAUAUCAAAUUCUAGUAAACUUUUUUUUUUCUUCAAGUUUCAUGUUAUGUUAAAAUCUUAUAUUCCUUAUCCUUUAUAAUAUCAUUGGCCAUCAAAUCACUCAUCGUGCGUUGUUAUCUUUUCAAACUUAUAAGUAAUGUAUAUGUUUACAAAUCACGAUACAUUUUAAUGUUAUUUAAUUGACAAGUGAACAAGAAGUAGGGUGCAGUCAUUCAUGUAUACACCAAAUUAGAGAGGUUAUCCUCACUAAUGUUGAGUUUCUAACAGUGUAAAUAUAAUGAUUACAGUACAACUCGCCAUUCCAUUCGUUAGAUUUCAAUAUAAAAUUGCUGACUGACCGAUUGGCCUAAACUGAGCAAAUCUAAAGGCAUGGUCCAAAGUUCAAUCUCCAAAAAGGCCCAUUCAAGCAAAGUUAUCAUCAACAACCCUUGUGAACGGGACACGUUAACCCUGGAUGGCAUCUAAGCGAAGGAAACUCUGACUUCAAACCCGAAAAUGGAGUCCCAUUUUGGUACAAAGAAAUAUUCCAACAACUCCUUCGACGCCACUGGUGCCAAGCUGUAUCAUCCACACGAUGUUCCCUUGGGUAAUCUAGCGGCUUAGAGAGAGGCGAUUUGCGUUUGGGAACCAGUUUAUAAUCCUAGAAGGAUAAUCCCAGGCCUUGUGGAUUUCGUCUUUCAAAAUCCAUACCAUCGUCACAUUGUGACGAACAGUUGCCAGCAAUAUAAAUGUAAUUUUUAAAAAAAUAGAAUUUGGAAAUAUAUAUUUAAUUAAGAACUAUACAUAAACCGUGUAAAACCUUGGAGGCACAUCAAUGAUUUGUUUUCAGAACAUUUUCUCAAUUGCUGGCAUUCUCAAAUGUGGUGUAAAGUUAACCAUAAGUAAGUCGAGGCAUGAUUUAAACUUGAGCAAAAAAGAUAUGGGGAUCUGAUGGGGAUCUGAUGGGGAUCUGAUGGGGAUCUGAUGGGGAUCUGUCCGUUUAGGAAAAAGUAAACCGAAUGAUUAAAUACCUGUUGUUCCAAAUAAAUGGCUGGGACUACUUAAAUAAGUUGGCGUUGUUAAAUUGAGAAACAAACACAAAACGAAGUGUAUUUGCAGAGACAUUUUCGGAGGGAGUUUCUAGUUCAAAUGUCAAAUGGGUUUUGUGCUCCGCGAAGGAACCGCAAUGGUAUUUGGGGUGGGGGUGGCAAGGGAUCACUUCGAUUCAAAGUGUGUGCAUGUGCGAUUAUUUCAUACAUAUACAAAGCCAUACAAAUCCCAUGGGACAUUUUCGACAUGCAUCAAGUUUUGAGAUCCGUUAGUGUAGUGUAGUGGGAUAGGCCCACUUCAUUCUCAGAAAUUGUUCACAUACAUAAAAGAAAAUACACAAAUUAAAAGGCUAAGAAAAUGUCCGAAACACAAGUUCUUUCCCAUUCGAAACUCCCCUGUACCUUUCAUAUUAUCAUGAAGUCCUAAUAAGGAUUUGUAAGGAAUGCAAUACUAUUGUCAGACAUCUGGCAGCAUCGAAGAGAUUAAUACACUCUGUGUAAGUCACUGGGCGGGGCGGAAAAAUUUAACUGCCUUGGUGGCUCUGUAGAUUUUAAUACAACCCCUGGCUUUUAUUUAAUACAAUAUUUAAAUAUAUUUUCAUAGAGGUUGAUGUCUGGUGCAAAUAAUUUUCUUUUUAAAUUGCUCAGUUUUAAGAAUUGAAUUAUUAUUUAAUUUUUCAAAACUUAUCUAAAAGUUUAUAAAAAAAUAUGAUUUUCAGCUCAUAAAUGAUUUUUAAAUUUUUCUUCAAUUUAAUGUUGCAGGAAUUGGUCCUGGUAAAGAAUGCACAGUAGCAACUGCUUCCACGGUUUGUACAGGUGCCGGCUACAUAGCUGAAUGUAACGCUACAACUUUACGCUGUAAAUGUAAUGAUAAUUACUAUCUUAAGGAUGACAAGUGUGAACGUAAGUAUAUAUGA